GGCCUGACGUCACAUCCUCAUCAUGAGUGUCCGUCCUCUGCUCUGCUCUGCUCGUCUUGUUGGCUCCAAUGUCCACAACACCUUCUUAUUCUUUCAUGGGUGACCAACACACCGCUUUCACUUUGAUUCGGACCGCGGCGAUGUUUCGGGAAAUAACCGUGGAGACCUCGUAAAGGAAAGAAGAGGAAGCGGAGGACAAGGAAAAGUCAUGAUUUUUGGAAGUAGGAGAUGCAGUUUUCAUUUCCACACUUUGAUGUUCCUGCAUAGCUAACAAGCUAACCUGGGGAAUGUGUGUUCAAAUGACGUCUUUUAGCUAUCUGGUGGCACCUUUUGGUGGCAAACCAUGAGAAACCGAAACAUUUUUGUUGUUUAAAUAUGCAUAUUAAAACAGAGUUAACGUUUAAAAAUGUCUUAUAGUAAGUGUUGCGCGGCCGAAAGGAACAACACUUUCGUUGUCCAGGCAUGUCCUCGCAGAAAACAACAAACGUACAAGUUAUUUUUUCCGUCCAACAUAAAAUUGACAUUGUCUGCAAAAUGAAGGUGACGCUGUGCAAAGAAAUCAAACCCCGAUGCCGCUAUUGAGGCAUAUUUCUGGUGCAGGACAAACUUUGGCCAGCUGUUUGGUGGCACAUUGAGUUAGGUGUACAUUAGAAGUCGCCCACAUGCUUUGGAUCAGUGCCCGGACUUGUGAAAGACAUCCGAAGCAGAAGGUGGGAGACUCGCAGCCCGGAGAAAGAUGGCGGCGCUCUCCCACAGGAGGUAGUCAAGCCAAAACUUCGGGAUCUCUCGGAUUUAUCGCCGCGCAUCUUCGCCCACUUCUAAGGACACAUGCAGGCCAAAAAACGCUACCUAAUCUUGUUCUCCGCCGGUGUGUGUCUCGUUCUGCUCUUUUGUUUGGGGGGGAUUCAAAUUCCGCUGUCCAGACGGGCUCUAAGCCGGCGUGAUGAGCGUAGUCUUCACCCGGGGGCGCGGUGGCGUCGCUCCCCCGGGACCCUGCAACCUUUCCGGGGUUGGGAGCAGGACCCCAACGACAAUGUUAAUGACCACAUAUCUCCAGGACAAAAGAAAGAUGCCGACUCAGUGGUGUACUCCGGAAGGCGCUGUAGAAUGGAGACGUGUUUUGACUUCUCUCUUUGUGAGAGAAAAGGCUUUAGAGUUUACAUCUAUCCCAAACAGAAAGGAGAGAAGAUGUCUGAAAGUUAUCAGAACAUUUUGUCAUCUAUUGAAGGCUCAAGGUUCUUUACCGCAGACCCAGACCGGGCUUGUCUGUUUGUCCUGGGGUUGGACACCUUGGACCGGGACCAGCUUUCACCGCAGUACGUGCACAACCUAAAGUCCAAAAUCCAGAGUCUUCCCCUGUGGAAUGAUGGCAAAAACCACAUUAUUUUCAACUUGUACUCCGGCACCUGGCCUGACUACUCGGAAGACCUGGGCUUCGACAUUGGCCUCGCCAUGUUGGCGAAGGCCAGCAUUAGCACAGAAAACUUUCGACCCAAAUUUGACGUCUCCAUCCCCCUUUUCUCUAAAGACCACCCCAGGACAGGAGGGGAAAGGGGUUACCUUAAACACAACACAAUCCCUCCUUAUAGGAAGUACAUGCUUGUGUUCAAGGGGAAGAGAUAUUUAACUGGAAUAGGUUCUGACACAAGGAACGCCUUAUACCAUGUGCACAAUGCAGAGGAUGUGGUUCUGCUCACAACCUGCAAGCAUGGGAAGGACUGGCAGAAGCACAAAGAUGCACGCUGUGACAAAGACAAUGCAGAAUAUGAAAAGUAUGACUAUAGAGAGAUGCUGUACAACUCCACGUUCUGUCUCGUUCCUCGAGGACGUCGGCUGGGUUCCUUCCGCUUCUUAGAGGCAUUGCAGGCAGCUUGUGUGCCAGUGAUGCUAAGUAAUGGCUGGGAGCUGCCCUUCUCCGAAAUCAUUGACUGGAACACCGCAGCUGUGAUUGGUGAUGAAAGGCUUCUUCUUCAGAUUCCAUCAACAGUUCGCUCCAUCCACCAGGAUAAUAUUCUAUCUUUAAGACAGCAAACCCAAUUCCUGUGGGAGGCCUACUUCAACUCUGUAGAGAAAAUAGUUCUGACCACACUGGAGAUUAUCCAGGACCGGGUGUUGCAGCAGACCUCGAGGAGUAACCUAAUGUGGAACAGUCUGCCUGGUGGUCUUUUCGCCUUGCCUCAGUACUCCACAUACCUUGGAGACUUCCCCUUCUACUACGCUAAGCUUGGUAUCAAGCCAUACCCAAAGUUUACAGCUGUCAUUCACGUGGUGACACCACUGGUCUCGCAGUCCCAGCCGGUCAUGAAGCUGCUAGUGGCUGUAGCCAAAUCACAGUACUGUGCACAGGUGAUAGUUGUGUGGAAUUGUGACAGAUCUCUUCCCACCAAGCACCGCUGGCCUGUCACUUCAGUUCCUGUCCUUGUAAUAGAAGGGGAAAGCAAGGUCAUAAGCAGUCGCUUUCUGCCCUACGACACCAUCCCCACUGACGCUGUGCUAAGUCUGGAUGAGGACACUGUGCUCUCCACCACAGAGGUGGAGUUUGCCUUUACAGUGUGGCGGAGCUUUCCAGAUCGUAUUGUAGGGUACCCAGCCCGCAGCCACUUCUGGGAUAGCAACAAGGAGCGUUGGGGUUACACUUCCAAAUGGACCAAUGACUACUCCAUGGUGCUGACUGGUGCUGCCAUCUAUCACAAAUACUACCACUACCUGUACACUACAUACCUUCCCACCAGUCUGAAGACCAUGGUGGAUCAGAUGUCUAACUGUGAGGACAUUUUGAUGAAUUUCCUUGUCUCUUCUGUCUCGAAGUUGCCCCCCAUCAAGGUUACCCAGAAGAAACAAUACAAGGAGACUAUGAUGGCCCAGAGCUCCCGGGCCUCUCGCUGGGCUGACCCCGACCAUUUUGCUCAGCGUCAGACUUGCAUGAACAAGUUUGCCAACUGGUUUGGCACGAUGCCACUGGUUCAUUCUCAGAUGAGGCUGGACCCGGUCCUCUUUAAAGACCAGGUGUCCAUACUGAGGAAAAAGUACAGGGACAUUGAGAGGCUAUAACCCUCCAGAGCCCCCCUGCUCUCUGGACACAAGUGGGAAAGAGUGAGGGGGUGUCUUAUUUCUUUAAUUGCACAGAUGGAUCAAUAGAGAAGAACAUUGAUUGAAGUAAGCAAGAAGGAAAAGUUUAGUGUCCUCUUUACGCUAUCUUUUUUUUCUACCCUUAUCUGUCAUGAAUUGGGCAGUAGCAAAGCGUACAGCUUCAUCUUUAUUCCCGGUACAUCACACUGAGGGACUUUGAACUGGAAUUUCCAAAGUCUCGCAAUGGUUAGUAGAAAGUGUUUUCCUUGUCCCAAACUUCAUCAAACCAUUCUUCUCCGUACACUAUGCACACGUUCAUGAAGGUUUGUGCUAAUUAUAAAAGUUACAUAUACCAUAUUACUUAGAAUUAAGAGGAUACCAGUAUUUGGGAUGUCUUUUUACAGUUCUAGUCGUUUUUUUGAAGUACUGCUGCCUCUAUUUUGAAGAGAGCAACUACAAGCCCUUCACCAGAGUUAGGUUCUUAUUGUUCACUGUGCCUCAAGUUUAUCAUUUUUAUUUGUAGCGCCAGAUAGAAAGACGUGUUUGAAAAUUAGUAUCUUGCUGCUUUUCAGUUUUCAUAAUUUGACUGAUAAAAUGGUGAAGCUCACACUUGAGACAACAUUCACAUUUCUCUCAUGAAAAAAGGUUUGGAUUUAAUGUUUAACAAACUAAAUUGUUGGUAUUCUGUACAUGUUGGGACAACUUACACACUGACUGACUCUAACUAUUUUUUGCAAUUUAGCCUCUGUUUUUCUAUUUACCGGCCCUAUGUGACUGAAUAUUUGCUGGUUUGAGUAUAGAGGAUUAAACCACUGUGGACUGCAUGUGAAAUAAACACUGCAUACAGAGUCAUUUAUGCAAUACUGUCAAGCAUAUUUCACUUUUUUUGUCCACUGACAAUCAGAUCCAAUGGUACUCACCCUUCUUUAUUCUUAUGACGUUCACACCACUAAUUAGUUACAUUUGGAGUAAUUGCUCAAAAAUAAGCCAGCGUGUUUAUACAAUUCUAAUUGGCAGCCAUAAAAAAAAAAAGCUGACUAAAUUUUUUGCAGUAGUCGUCCAUAAACCAGUAGCCUUAAUGAUUCUGACGGGUUUUAUCUCAUAUACCUCCUGUUAUUGUGAGGACAACAAGCUGUCAUUUGACUCAGAAACUGUGGAUUCAUAUCAGAAAGUGUUAUAUGAAUGAUUUAAAAAUUAUGGCAUAAUCAAGGAAAAACAUAGCAGCAACAUUUCAUUAUUCUGUAGAAUGUCUUUAAACUUCAAUCCUCUACACUUUACCCCAACAUGUGCCAAUAGUUAAGUUUUUUGAAAUGGUUGAUACUGUAUGGGGAAUGCUAUGUAUUCUCAUAUGUAUGAAUUCUUUCAAGUGUUUCUGUAAGAAAUGAGUGUUCUAUUCCAGCAAAAUGUGCUAUUUUCUGUCCUAGUAUUUCUAAACCCCAAUGCUUUCAAGAUAUUUGAAAAUAGGUGCAAUAUUACGAAUUACAUUUUCUCCUUUUAUUUCGUUGUGUUGUUUCAGAGGCUAGUAUAUAUUCAGGUGCCUUCAGAAAGAAAUACAUUUUUCCCUAAAUAAAGCCUUGUGUCAGAACCAAGUACCUUUUCGUUUUGCCGCUUGUCACUAUCCGGACGUACAGGCUCUCUUGAAUGCCAUUGUCGUUCAACACCGGAAUGCUGACAUUCCUAUUGGUUCUAUGAACAUUUCCAACAUCCUGUUUGAAUACAUAUAUAUUGUAUUGUGAGUUAGGAAAUACAGGUCACCUAAUUUUGUGUACAGAUUACACCAGGGGUGCCCAAAGUGUAGCCCGCGGGCCAAAUUCCAAGUCAUUUCUUUUGGCCCGCCAAAGGGUGGCGCCCAUGAAUUCAAUACAUAUUCAUAAUCUUUUAAGCUCACACAAUCAUUGAGGGUAUGUCUGCAAGGCUAACCGGUUGCCAUCUAUCGAACAUUAUGAUCUCCACUACCUUUAAAUAACGGCGGUAUGAAAUUAAACUACUCACUAAUUGUGCAGCUGUAUGCUUAAAAUCUCUGUUUGGCCCGCGGACCAUUAGCACAUUUUCACUUUGGCACUUGGAGGCAAAACGUUUGGGCACCCCUGCUAUACGUUAUUCAACCUAAUGGUCUUUUUCUUCUUUUUUUCCCGCCUUUGAAUCUCUGCCUGCUAUUUUCACUUUCUUAAAUGCUGCAAGUGUAAAGACUGAAAUGGAAUGACAGUGGAAGAAAUCACAUUUUUGUACAAUAAUUUUCU